GGCGAUUCUGGAUGUACCAUGACAGGCUUGAACUAUGGAGGUGCUAGAUCAUCAAGCCUGGAUUAGGAGGAUUUAUUCUCUCCCCUACUCUGCAAUGGCUGAGUUUACAAUUCAAGGUCACAAGUUGAGAAAUAUGUAUGAUACGAAAUCUAACCUUUAGUCCGAGUCUGUUGGGUAACGCGAGGGUUAGGGUUAGAGUGAACUUCCCCCUUCUCCCUCUAGGUUGUUAGGCAUUGAAAAGGAGAUGUAAUACGUCAGUUCUUAGUAGUUAGGGAGGUUAGCCGUCUCCAAGGAAAAUUCAUUAAGUAGGAUGCAAGUCGCAAACUUCCAAGACUCUCCUUCAGUCGAUCUGAGGCUCCGAGCUGUCACAGCUGCCCCACUGUUAGGGCUCGAAAUAUGACGUCCCCAAUGUCUAUGAUGUGCGACGAGAUAUGCCGCGAACAACUCCAGCAGUUUCUCACACGACCACAAUCCUCCUCUUCCUCCUGCUCCUAGUCGCCCUCUUUCCAGGAGCAUUCCACCUUUUCUGGUCAUUGCCACUCAGCCUCUUCUCGGGCCUGUUCCCGCACUCUGGUCCUAACCCCCCGCCACUGCCAACGACGACGCCCUCCCCCACAAUGUGGUUCCAGAAGCAACUAUCACUGCCCGCGCGCUCUCGCGGCUCGUACCUAGUCACCGACCACAUCAUGAAGGAGCUGCCCGAGAUCCGCUCCUACAAGGUCGGGCUACUCAACCUGUUUGUCCAGCACACGAGCUGCGCCCUUAGCCUGAACGAGAACUGGGACGAGGACGUGAGGGCCGACAUGAGCGACGCCCUGGACAGGAUAGCCCCCGAGGCCGGCCCCAAGGGGGAGGCGCUGUACCGCCACGACGCCGAGGGCAGCGACGACAUGCCCGCCCAUAUCAAGAGCGCCCUGAUUGGUGCGAGUGUCACGAUCCCGAUCAAGGACGGCAAGAAGGCGACGGGUACAUGGCAGGGGAUAUGGUAUCUUGAGUUCCGGGCGAGUAAACAUCAGCGGCGGGUCAUGGCGACCAUCCAGGGCGAGAAGGCCUGAGGGUAGAAGCCACAGGACAGAAGUGUUUAGGUGUCUCAGAUUAAGGACGUCAGUUCGCAAAACUUGCCGCAAUCGGGCAUGGCCUCUACCUAGCCAGGGGGCGUAUCGAGGAGACAACCUGUCUGAUGAUGAUUCGGAAUUACUGGAACUUGUUUUGUCCGCUAAAAUGCUCCGACAUCUAUCUGUGGUGAAGCCUUGAAUGUGACGCCGGACGCCUCUCAACCUAUCCGUUUCCC